CUGUGAAACAUAUAGCACAAACGAGAGAAAAAAUGGUGGAAACUCCAAGUAAAAUCCAUCAACUUCUUCUUCUUCACUCUCUCAUUUUCUUCCUAACUCUCUCUCCUUCCACACAACAAGAACAAGAAACCCACCACUGCAGCAAAAUCAAUACCACGAACCUUUUCCUCUCCCCAUUCUCAAACCAAUCAAUCGUCGCCGCAAAUCUCAUCACCUGCAGAUCUGGAAGACUCUACUUCAAAACCUCAGUCGGUCUCUUCCAUGUCUCUUCCAUAGACUACACAACCAAAACCCUAAUCCUCUCUCAUUCCUCGGGAAGAGAGAAGAAAGUGAAGAAACUGGGAACAAGGGUUUCUUUAGAAGUGGAGGGUCACUUGCCGGAUUUAUGCAUCGCGUGCGAGAGACCAGACGGUAACUGUGGAGUUGCUCUCAGAUGUCUCUGCCAUCCUAAAGAAUGCAAAAACAAAGUUGUCAACUAUGCAACGAAGUCGCGAGCUUUAUUAUCUGGGAUGAGCUCAAUAGAAACGAAGACAACUAAAUCUGAUUUCUCCGUGCGUUACCGUCAUCAUCUUCUCCGUCACCCUCACAAUUGAAGCUGGUUUCAACAGAAACGAAGUCAACAGAUCCCGCAAGUUACGGUCUUCUCCGUCGAGCUCUCCGUGGAAGCUCUUACCGGAAUCCAUGGCCGCAACAAGCUCCAUUCCUCGUCACAGGUCCAAAAACGAAACCGUUGUGAUCUCGUCCAAGCACCAGUCGUCGACGUCGGAUUGUCUCCAUAUCGGUCGCUCUCUUCCGCCGUCGUCUCAGCUUCUCUCAACAACAAUUGCCAAGUUUCUCAUAAUUGCAUAUUUGGUCCUAAUUAGUUUGCUUCUUUUCAUUUCGGCCCUAGAGUAUUAUAAUGUACAUAUUUCUUUAGAUUUUUUUUUAUCUAAACUCUUAAAUUGUGUUCAUCUAAUC